AUAUGUAGCAGGUAGCAACGCACGUGCACAAGAACUCGAAGAUUCUUUUUCUUGUCGGCUCCUUUGUUUAUGAAUAUUCAAAGCUCGUUUUUAAAAUCAGAUCUACAGGCCGAUGCCGCUGAAAAUACCCACUUCUGAACGUACGAUAUGACUUACAAGAGGAGGAAGUACCACAAGGGAGACACGCACUUGAAGAAAGGUUGGCGAACAAAACGGCGCACCAAAGAUUUGGAUGAGAUUGACGCUGAUUUACAACCAGAAAAGGCGGAUCAACUUCUGAACCAGGAAAUUGAUCUCGAUAAACCAGGAGAGGCACAGCAUUAUUGCCUUCAUUGCGCUCGAUAUUUCAUCACCGACAACGCUCUUCAAGACCACUUUCGCACAAAGGUGCACAAGAGGAGACUGAAAGCUCUGGAACUUGAGCCGUACAGCGUUGAGGAUUCGGAGAAAGCCGCCGGCUUUGGCAAUUUCCAGUUGCCGAAGCGCAGGAAAAUUGUGACCCAAGGUACUGAGACUGACGACGCUUCGAUGGUUUCAGAAGAAACUGCAGAAUAA